AUGAGCAGCGUCUCCGCGUCUACGCCGUGCUGCGAGCCCCAUGUCCUCCCUGAAGCGCUCUCCAUUCUUCUUGUUGGCGAAGGUAAUUUGAGUUUUGCGUACGCCCUCGUGCGCCGGCUGUCGCGCAGUGGUGCGUUUCGGCGUGCUACGCAGGGCGCGGCAGCAGGCGCACGCGGCUCCGUGGCGGAGGUGGUGGCCACCACCUUUGACAGUGAGGCCGAACUCGCCACCAAGUAUCCGGAGUCCGCCACCUUCCGUGCCUACUUUUCGGCCAAGCAGCGCGUUCCCGCACGCUACUUCGGCUCCGUGAACGCCACCUCCCUCUCGUCGUCCCUGGCGAGCGCACACGUGGACAUUACAAAGCAGCCAUUCCACCUUGUCGUUUUCAACAAUCCCCACAUUGGCUUCGAGGACCUCUACCGGCAGCGUUCUCUUCUUUCCCACUUUUUUUCGAGCGCCGCGGAGCUCCAGAAAGACGGCCCUGCUCUCUGUCAGCCGCAAGAGGUGGUGGUGGCUCUCUGCGAUGAACAGGCGCAGCGGUGGGACUUGCUGGGUUGUGCAGCGCGCAACGGCUACCUCUGCGUCGCAGCUCAGCCACUGCUCCCUGCUGACUACCCCGGCUACACCAAUCGUCGGCACCAGAGCGACGCCGCGUUUCCGUUUCGACGAAUGGCGCAGUACUGGUUUGUGCAGCCCUCCCCCGAGCUGCAGACGACGCUGUGGGAGCUGCGCCGUGAGAUCGCCACAUGGGAACGGGUCCGGCGGCAACACGCGGAAAAGCAGCAGCCGUGCAGUUUCUCUUGCGCGUCGUGGCUUCAAGUGGCGGACGCUUUACUGACGGCGCCUCCCUCUUCGACCACUGCGUCCGUUGUGAAGGCGGAGCCGCCACCUUCAGAGAGUCGUAGCGACAAUGAUGACUUCUCCCUCAACUACGAUUCGCGCUACGCAACACUGCCGAUGCCGCUGCUGCAUCCAACUUUAGUCGCGGACGUACUUCCGGCGCUCCUUUUCUCUCGGAGUGCAGCUGUGCUGCCGCCAGCCCAGGACUUCUUCACGCCGUACCUGCCGAGUGCAGCGUGGGUGUCGCUCUACCGGGCACAGCGGGGGGCGGAGGAGCGGCGCUCCACCGUGGCAACAGCGACGAACCAAGGCGCUGCGGUGCCACCCCACCUUGACGCGGCACAGCUGGGACGCCCACUAAAUACAAAAGAGGCAAAGAAGCUGGAGCGCUACUUAACCGGCUACGGUGCCGCGAUGAAGGCAAAGGCAAUUCAGCAAAAAGCGCAGGCAUCGGUGGCGCACAACACGGGAAGCUGGCUGUGCACCGCCUGCACCGUACCACGCACCUUUGAGACGGAGCUGGACUUGCAGCAGCACCAGUCGUCGAAGCACUCCGGCGCCGUGCAGCUCGCCCCCACCCUCUACGCCAGGGUUCAUGAGCAAAUUGAAGCGCCCGCCGUGCCGGCCUCGCCUGACGCACUCGAAACCGCACUGGAAACGAUGUCGCUGCAGGACCGCGAUAACUGCGGCUACUGUUCCGUUUGCGGGCUACGGUACAAGACGCCAGCGGCUUACGAAGAGCACCUGCUGUAUCUCUCGCCACUUCCAGGUGAUGUAGAGACCUGUCUCACGUGCGACUUGUGCGUUCCACCUAAACAAUUCACAGAUCGGCGAGGUCUGGAGCAGCACCGCAGUUCUAAGCACCUCAGCGCAUAA